GAAUUAUCCUUCUGCAUAGAGAUCCUUAUGAUGCGUUUGUGGUUUAAAAUAUGAACUAUAUUUUGCAUUCACUACAAAAUGUGUCCUUAACGACUCACCAUAAUCUAUGAUUAUAGUGUUUUCACGUUAACUCUCAAAUUACUAAAAUAUUUUCUUCUGAACCGUUUCACCCGAAUCUGCACGUUUUUACAUUAUUUAAAUUAUUUGUAAUUUCUGUGCAUCUUUGUAAUUUUUGUGGAAAUAUACAUUUUUUAAAAUCGAUUUUUCCACUACUCUGAUGUAGAGAUGGAAGUGAUGAGUGGUGUGAAAAAUAUUCUACGAAUAAUGAACGGCAACGGGCCGAUUGGGUACAUGCCGAUUCUGCUGAUUACGGUGCUAACGGCACUGCUCACCGUUACCACCGGAUUGGCAGUGGUUGAGUUCUGGGAGCAGAAGAGCACCCGCUUCCUCGCCAUCAAGGACCUCAAUGUCAUCAUCACCGUCUACCUGUUCUCGGCCGAGUAUGCGUUCUUCUCAGAGAAAAUACAAGUCCUGGUAGACAUAAUCAAUGAGGACCUUCCUAAAGCUGAACUGUACGAAGUUGGGCAAAGCGAAACGAGCGAUGCUGAGUGGUCAGAGAGCGAGGCAGUAAAGGAAAGGCUGCGACUGACCAAGAUGUACCAGGAGGAGCGGCAGAGAAUCCAUUCCAACCUCUCGUUUUCGCUGAAAAUCAUAGUGGGCAACCUGAGUGCGGCGCCUCUGCUACUCGGCCUAGUGAGACGUGCUACCUGGCCGCAACGUCCCUGGGACAUACACUUGCCGCUCGAGUUGUCUCUGCCGGCCGCUUGGAACACGUGGCACGUGUACGUGGUGUUCUAUGUGUUGCACGUGGUGUUCUACGUGAGUGGCCUGCUCAACACUUACUGUCUGUUCACUAGUGUGAACCUGGCCGCACAUCGCGUCUGCUACGAAUUGAAGAUGCUGUGCCUGGCGGUUGCCAGCGCGGCCGCCCCUGUCAACCCGGACCCCGUGUUCGUGGCUCAUGUGGUCGCGCAUCAUCAGAAGAUUUGCAGAACUGUGGAACUUAUAAAUCGAAACUGUAACUUCUCUGUAACAAUAAGCAACCAGUGCAUUGGCAUACAGAUUUGUCUAUAUCUAUACAUGACUGUUGAGAGUGACAGCAUUGGCUUACAAAUAGUUUCACUCGCCAACUUUUGUUUCAUAGUUUUUAUCAUAUAUCUUUACUGUGAUGGAGGACAAAGAAUCAUCAAUGAAAACAUACUGUUGAGAGAUUCGCUAGCACAAUGUCCGUGGCCUGGUAAGCCAUUCUGGUUUCGUCGCACCAUUCUCUUUAUGCUAACCAGGGCGACGCCCGAGCUGAAAGUCAAACCUUUUGGUCUUUACAUUCUCAACCUCUCCACAUUCAAAUCAGUUUUGAACGCUUCCUACACAUUUUUUAAUGUGAUGAGAACCCUUAACAGACAAUAAUAAUGGAUGAUUGAAAUAAUUUUUCUCCGCUUCAGAGAAGUCACGUUUCGGUAGCACUGCUGUAUCUUGAUUUACUGGAUUAAUAAUAACAUACUUUAUAUUGAAACUGAAUUCUGUUACAUUACUUUUAUAGCUGUUGAUGUUAUAUUAUGUUACAUAGACUACUAUACUAUCAUAAUAAAUUCA